AUGGCAAAUAGAAGACCGAAGUUAAACCCUUACGCGUCAUCAAUGGCCACUACACCUCAGAAUUUUUACAAAACCGAGCUAUCAAAUGCACUUCGAGAGAACGCGUUUGGCAUUAAAGGUUACCAACUAACGCCGCCUUCCAUAAGUGCAUCCGACAGUGUUCUGGCUCACGCUCAGGCAAUAGCACGAGUCGAGCUGCUGGAGGGCCUGGCCGUCUUUUUACGGUUAACUUAUGUGGGUUACGAGAUUGUUGCAGACCCGGAUUCACAAGAAACACAGAGCCCACAGAUGGAAAUCUCAGAGAGCUUGGAGGAAUUGUUACGCGCUCUGAGUCCAGCUUACGACACGAAAUACAGCGAGCGAUUAAUGCAGAAAUUGAUGUUCAUAAAGUGA